UUCAGGGACUUGAGCACCUUUACAUGGUGCUGAGUCCCUUCCACUCCUGGGAAUGCUCUGGCAAAUGGGGUGGUGGGGGAGAGCCCAAAACCAUCCAGGCUGUGACCCAAGAGCUGGAUACUGGAAACAUCGUCAUUCUGGAAGGAUCCGACCCUUGAAUAGCAAACUGGCUGAUGAGGCAGAGAUAUUAAAACCAUCCUGCAGAGUGAUCUUUUUAAUAAGCUAACGUUUCUCUGCAGGGAGUAACAAGCCUCACCCCACACCAGCUUCUCUGAUUAGAAAAUGGACUCUGCCAAGGUGUUAUAAAUAUCCUCAAACUAUUUUGCUGCCCAGUGGUGCUCACAACAAGGAUUUCUUUCUAGAGGGGGAACAAUCAAGGAAACCCCUUUGUGCUUUGACUCUGCACACGGACUCGAGCGUUCCAUCAUUUGGAAGCUUAAGGUCCAUCUGUUCCUUCCUCUUCUGUUUUGUCUACAAUGUGCUUUCUAGUUUGCUGAACACAAGAUGAUGUUGGGUUCCUCUCAGCAAUGGCUGUGAUGUGGUGGCUGCUGCCUGUCCACGGGCAAAGGGAACACAAAGCAGGAAGGCCCAGGAGCUGGCUGUGGGGCCAGCAAGGAAGGGGAGGGAAGGGCAGCUCCUGGGCCCCAAAGCGCUGCUGGGGAUGGCGAAGCCGGGGCUGCUGCUUCCCAACGGAGGGAAAGGCUUCAAAGCCCGAGGUUAUGGGAUAGAUCAGACACUGUCUCUGCAGGCUUCACCAGCUGAAUGUCUUUAAUAUGGAGAACCCCGUACGUGGACGUCCCUUCAUAUGGAGACCCUUCCACACAAUGAUGUCAUGAGCAGAACCCUCCUACAUGCAGCGGCUGCCGUCGUCCUUGAAGAUGGCUGAGAAGACGGUUGAGGCUGAGAUGAGGCGCCAGCACAUCCAGUUUCAGACAGCGCUGGACAGGAAGAAGUUUUAUGCUGACCGUGUGAAGCAGCGACUGCAGGCGCAGCGAGAAGAGAUCAAGUCCCUGACUCGGGAACACGAAGACAGGGCCUUAACACUGGCUCAGAUCCUGUCGCAGAGAAACGCUGAGCUGGAGGAAAGGAAAUGUGAGGAGCUCCAGCAAUGUUUGCAGGCCAAGUAUCAGUAUGACUUACUGAUCAGGGAGAGAAAAGCCCUGUUAGCUGACCUGGACAAAGAGAUCCUGGAGCUGGAAGAAAAGGUGGCAGUGCAAAACCAGAGAGCAGUGAAGGUGAGGCAAGCCACAGAUAUGUCCAGGCUGGAAAAGCAGAAGGAGACCCUGGAGAUGCAACUAAACCACGACACUGUUCAUUUUGACACAAUCGUGGCCAACAAUCGGGAGAUGCAAGAAAACAAUGAGAAACUGCAAGCUCACAAAGCCAUUCUGGACAACUGGUACCUGAAGCACCAGCAGCAGCUGCAGGAUCAGAGGAGGAAGAUGAUCACUGCUGUGAUGGAGUCCACAGAAGCCUACAGGCAGCGGAAGGAGACCCUGGCCAGGAUUUCGGUCAUCGAGGAAAGACACAGCAAAGACGCUGUUCUGUUCAAGAAUGAGCUGCAGGAGCGGCAGCGUCUCCGUGAGCACAGGGACAAGUUAAGAAGCUUCAUGAGCACCAAGCUGGCUGAUCGCUCUCAGCUGCUGCAAGAGGCUGACAAGAGAAGAGCCUUGAAGGCAAGAGAGCUGGCCAAGCGGAAGAGAGACGUGGAGGCAGUGUACCAGCAUAUACAGGAGAUAGCAAAGGAUGGCAACAUUGAGGAAAUGCUGAAAGACUUCAGGAGGAAUGAGAAGAAAAGCACUGCCCUCUACAACCAUGCCAUGAAGCUGGUUGAUGAGAAUGAGAAGCUGAAGCGGUUGAUCAAGGAUGUGGAGGAGGAGAUGUCGGCCAUUGUGAGGCAGGAGGAGGACGCUCAGAGCAGGAACCUUCACAUUCUGCAGGAGCUGGAGGACAACCUGGCACAGAGCUUCGUGGCAACCAGCAAGAGUGAGAGCAGAUGCCAGUUGACCAGAGAACAACUGGACCAGCUGCAGCCCGUCGUGGCAGCUGUGCUGGAAGCUGUGGGCUGUGAGGCCAGAGAGAUCCUGUGGCAGCUGGGAGCAAAGGGGCAGGUGGUGGAUGAGAACCUGAUGCAGUGUCUGGAGCUCUUGGAGAAGAGGAGCAAGGAGCUGCUGCUGCAGCAGGCGGUGCUGGAGCACAUGGAGGGAGCUGCUGCGGGUCGGCCCCGCUCCGCCUCCGUGGUGUCCGACAGCCCCAAUCUGCUGGAGGAGAUAGAGCAGGCCCAGCCCAGCUUCACGGUCCCUGGGAUGCGCAGCGUCCCGGACACCAUCGAAGCCUGGGAGGAGCCGCUGGAGCGGGAGCAGCUGCGGGGGCUGGUGCUGCAGAGCCGGGAGCAGCAGCCGGGCCCGGAGCCCUGAGGUCCGCGCCGUGGUCUCCUCCUCGUGGCCUCUGGCAGCCGUGGAUUCCUGUUCCCCCCUUCUGAAGUGACUCGUGCCUCUUCGACUUUGACCUUUGCUUCCUCCCUGCUCACCACUCUCCUGCCUGGGACCACGUGCUGCGUUUGGCUGCUGCUGAGGGAAGGAGCCAGCCUGGAGGAGCCAUGGCAGUUUGCUUCGUAGUCUGGCUCUGGGGACAGACUGCAGAGUGCACCCUUUGCAGAACAUACGUGUAGAAUAAAGUAGUGACUUAAAGGAAU